CACCGACGAAUCAAAACAAAAACAAAUCAGCUCCUGCAAAAAUGGACUAUUAUUUGCUGAUAAAUUUUGUCAUUUCCAUCGGUUCGUACCUGUUGACGGUGAAUUUGAUCCCAAGUUUGCAGCCGAUGUUCCUGAAAGCCAAUCUCUAUGGCAUCGACAUGAACAAAAAGAGCUCGGGCAAGGUGCCCGAAGCGAUGGGAGUAGUUACCGGCUGUAUCUUCCUCAUUUCCUUAUUUUUGUUCAUUCCGGUGCCUUUUAGUGGCGCUCUUGUGUCUCGCGAGGGAGAAUUUCCACAUCACGAGUUUGUGGAAUUAAUCGCCGCUUUACUGUCAAUUUGUUGCAUGAUCUUGCUCGGAUUCGCCGAUGACGUGUUAGAUUUGCGCUGGAGACACAAACUUUUACUGCCAACUGUUGCUUCGUUGCCACUUUUGAUGGUUUAUUACGUGAAUUUUGGCUCAACUACGGUUAUUAUGCCGAAUUUUGUGAGGAAGUAUAUUGGAUUUUCGCUUGAUAUUGGGUUCUUGUACUACAUUUUCAUGGGAAUGCUUGCUGUUUUUUGCACAAAUGCCAUAAAUAUUCUUGCCGGCAUCAACGGACUCGAAGUUGGGCAGUCGUUGGUGAUUGCAGCUUCCAUUAUUGUGUUUAAUUUCAUCGAAAUUCAGAAUCCAAUCGUGUCAGAUGCUCAUCGAUUCUCGUUGUACUUCAUGAUGCCUUAUUUCGCGACGACUUUUGCUCUGUGGAAGUUCAAUAGAUACCCCUCCCAAGUGUUCGUUGGCGAUACCUUCAACUACCUCUCGGGCAUGACAUUUGCCGUCGUUGGGAUCUUAGGACAUUUUAGCAAGACAAUUUUGCUGUUUUUCAUUCCGCAAGUCAUUAAUUUCAUCUAUUCCGUGCCACAAUUGUUCCAUUUUAUUCCGUGUCCGAGACAUCGAUUGCCGAAAUAUGAUGAAAAGACGGAUUUAUUGAGCACGAGCAAGACAACUUUUGUGUUAAAAGACCUCAAACCGCUGGGAAAAUUGUGUUAUUACGUAUUUAAAGCCCUAAAAUUGAUCCAAGUUGAAGAAAAAAGUGACGGCACAGUGAUUUCGAAUAAUUUAACGAUCAUUAAUUUCGCUAUUAUCCUUACCGGACCCAUUCACGAGCGAAAAUUGAACUAUUUGCUCAUCGGAUUUCAAGUCGCUUGUACUUUGGUGGCUUUUACGAUCAGAUAUCCGCUGGCGAAAUUCUUCUACGAGUAUAAAUAGUACUGAUUUUUGAUGAUUUUUUGUUUUUGUACCAAAGUUUUUACCGUUUUCGGUAGUUUGCAGCUAAAUAAAAGUUGAAAU